CGAGCGAGCGAGCGAGCUGUAGAGUGGACUGCACUCUCACUCGGCACAGCACCGCAGCUCUGCUCUGCUCGGCUCAGCUCGACUCCACAAGACAAUCGCAGGCUGCGACCGGUGGUGGACCAUGGGGAAGCACACACGCAUUUCCCCGUCUCUCAGGAGUUUUCAGCGGUGACUGAAACCAAGCCAAGCUGAGGCAUUCCCCCAAACCGCCCGGAGUCAGGACAUGAACUAGAAAAUCAGCAAACUGCCUGCCUGUCUGUCGAAUAUUAUUCGAAAGUAUUUCUUGUUCACUGGAUGCUGGUUGUCUGCCUACGAACUGACUGUUACUUUGUUGCCUACCUGCGGAAAUUUGUUCUGGCUCACACAUACUCUACUGGAAUAGACCCACAGUUUCAUUGAGGAUGAUUGAGGAGGCGAGCCGCAGAGGGAAGACGGUGGCCGAGAGGAGGCAGAUCUUCAUGGACAUGAGGGCGCAGAACUUCGACGAGAUCCGGCUCUCGGCCUACCGUACAGCCUGCAAGCUACGCUUCGUGCAGCGCCGAUGCAACCUGCACCUGGUGGACGUGUGGAACAUGAUCGAGGCGUUCCGAGACAACGGUCUGAACACGCUGGACCUGGCGACGGAGAUCAGCGUGUCGCGGCUGGAGACCAUCCUCUCCUCCAUCUACUACCAGCUCAACAAGCGCCUGCCCACCACGCACCAGAUCAACCCAGAACAGAGCAUCAGCCUGCUGCUCAACUUCAUAGUGGCCGCCGGAGACUGUGAUGGCCAGGGGCGGUUGACGGUGCUGUCUGUGAAGUCGAUUCUGGCCACAAUGUGCGGCGGGAAGAUAGUUGACAAGCUGAGAUACAUCUUCUCCCAGAUCUCGGACACCCAUGGUGCGAUGACGGUGGCCAAGUUCGACGGCUUCCUGGCGGAGGUGCUGAAGCUGCCCACCGCUGUCUUCGAGGGGCCGUCCUUCGGUUACCAUGACCACCAUGCCCGCGCCUGCUUCCCCCAGCAGAAGAAGAUCAUGUUGAAUCUGUUCCUGGACACUCUGCUGGCUGACCCGCCCCCCCAGUGCCUCGUCUGGCUGCCCCUCAUGCACAGACUGGCCAACGUGGAGAACGUCUUCCACCCGGUGCCCUGUUCCUAUUGUGGGGUGGACAGCAUGAUGGGUUUCCGCUACUGUUGUCAGCAGUGCACCAGCUACCAGCUGUGCCAAGACUGCUUCUGGCGCGGCCAUGCCAACCGCUCCCAUAGCAACCAGCACCAGAUGAAGGAACACUCCUCAUGGAAAUCUCCGGUGAAGAAGUUUGGCGCGGCCCUCAGCAAGUCUCUGGGCUGCGUCCCCAGCCGGGAGCCCGCCCACCCCAUCUUCCCCGAGCAGCCCGAACGCACACUCGACCUCGCCAACCUCGUCCCUCCGCGCCCCCCCAUGAACAUGAACGAGGCCCCCAUGCUCCCCACAGGAGCCCCCACCCCCACCAAGAGUCGUGUGCAGCCGGGCUUGGCGGCAGCUCAGCGUAUGAAUGAGGAGCAUGCUCUCAUCGCCGCCUACGUCAACCGCCUGCAGAGUAGCCCACGUGCGUUGGACAGCCCCAGUAGAGUUGAUGAGGAGCACAAACUCAUUGCCCGCUAUGCUGCACGCCUGGCUCAAGAAUCAGGAAACCCAGAGAGGCCUUCUGGAGACUUCAACUUCGACACCAACAGGCAACAGAGGCAACUAAUCGCAGAACUGGAGAACAAGAACAGGGAGAUCCUGCAGGAGAUUCAGCGCCUGCGUGUGGAACAUGAACAGGCCUCCCACCCCACCCCCGAGAAGGCCGCACAGAACCCCACCCUCCUCGCCGAGCUGCGGCUGCUCAGACAGAGGAAAGAUGAACUGGAGCAGAGGAUGUCAGCUCUGCAGGAGAGUCGGAGAGAACUGAUGGUGCAGUUAGAGGGACUCAUGAAACUACUAAAGGAUGAGGAACAGAAACAGGCUGCUCAGGCUGCAGGCUCUCCCCAGACGUCCCCGAGUCACGCUGCAGCUCGUCCAAUCCCGAUGCCCGUCCGCUCCUCUGGCUCCACCCCCACACACCAGCCCCACCCCCAGGACUCCCUGACUGGGGUGGGCGGAGACGUGCAGGAGGCAUUCGCUCAGGGAGCCCGUAGGAACUUGAGGAAUGAUCUCCUGGUGGCAGCAGACUCCAUCACCAACACCAUGUCCUCACUGGUCAAGGAGCUGCACUCUGUAGAUGAUGCUGCAGAGGAAGAGGAGGAGAGGUUGCAGAAUGGCAAAGACAGAGGAAAGGCAACGAGCCACAGGCACAUGGUCUCCUUGUAAGGUUCUCCACCGUCCUGACCCACCACUCCCACCACCACCACCACCACCACCCUCAUCUGUAACCCCCCUCAACGAGACGCACGGCUACCAAGCUUCUACUGUGGCCAUAGCAGCCGGACACAAACAGGAACGGUUCAGCACCCUCGGAACUCUCAGUGAGAAACUUGAAUGAGCAGAGAUAAACAAACAAACAAACAAAACAAACAAAGAAGCAAACAGGAAGAAAACGAAUACAGUUGUGAUGUCAGGAUUGCUGCAGUCGUCAACACCGUCAGCGUCUGUGAUGCCGCAGGGAUCACAGCAGCCUGUCUGUCUUUCUACUGGUCUAUCUGUCUGUCUCUCUGUCUGUCUGUCUGUCUGUCUACUGGUCCACUGGUCUGUCUGUCUGUCUGUUUGUCUAUUGGUCUGUCUGCUUGUCUGUGUAUUGGUCUGUCUCUUUUGCGAAGAUAGUCCUGCCCAAGUCUGUGUUUGACUGAUGUUUGAUGUUUGAUCAAUCAGUGAUGUUGUUUGUUUCUUUGGGGUUUUUUUGUAUUCAAUUUGUCUUUUUUUUUUUUUGCUUGUGGAUUUAGCUUUGGGGUGGGUGUAAAGUUAGAAUGGGACAAAUUGAAGAUUGACAGGGCGAGAUAGCCAACCCAAAGAUAGAUCAGCAGCAUGUCCCCACCCCCCCUCUGAAUGAUUGACAGGUGCUAAUGACCCGCCUUCUGAGGAACUGAGGAUACACAAGAUGGAAGAGACAAGAAAAGCAAAGAGAAAAGUGUGUGAAGAAAGUGAGAGAAAGAUGGAAAGGAGAGAAAACGAAAGUUGGUCAAUGGACGAAUGCAUACCAAACACGAAUGCGUAUAGCAUUAAGAGUGUGGACAUGGAAGGCACGUGAUUGGUUGAUUGAUGUACAGUGGGUGUGGUCUUGUUAACGGGCAUUGUGAGAUGAGAAGUGCGUGGUGCUUGUGUAUAGAGCUUAUUUAUUAUGCUGUACAUGUCUGCCCUGUGACGCAGAUGCAGACGAGACUCAACCAUUAAGGUGUGCUUAUCUUAUGGUGUGUGUUUGUUUAUUUAUUUUUGUGGAUGAAUGCGUAUUUAUUUGUCAUAGUUUGGCACAUUAGUAUAAACGCCUAUGUUAGAGAGAGAGACGAAGGGGAGGAGUUAGUCCAAGGGUCUCGUUUAGUGAUUUCAGUAGAUGAGGUAACUUAUGUUUGAGAUGGAAUAGUUCUUUUACAGUAGCAGGCACAUGGACAGGUCUACUCACAGUUAUUUGUACAGCACAUUCAAAAGAACAGCAGCAAUUGACCCAAAGUGCUUUACUUAAUAUACUGUAGUGUGUAGUGGACGGACAGCUAAUCCCGUAGCUGUGCUGUUAUGAUAAAGAACCAAACGAAAGAAUAGACUAAAAAACAGCUGAAUGGAAACUCAGUAUUCUGUUGUAUGGUGUGCCUCUUACUGUAUCAUACUCUCAUGGAGAUGGAUAGAACCAAAUGAAAAGGAAUACAACAGAUGGAAUGGAAUGUACCGGAAUGCAACAUCAAUAUUCUGUCCCAUUCUUUUGUACUCUAUUGUAUUCUGUGUCGUAGCUAAAUGCUAUGCUCAUGGCCAAGCGAUGCUACUCCACUACUACUCUACUACUAAGUGCUUGCCAGGUCGCUCUGAGAAACCUCGUUGAAAGGACUCUCUAAACCAGCUACUUGGACUGAGAUUUCAAGACUGACUGAAUCGAUGCCGUAUCUCUCUGGGUCACAAGAGUUUUGUUGUGUAUAUUAUAAGUCGUAGAUUAUUUUUUGCUGAGUGAUUUAUGUACAGUAGGUACUAUGUUCUUCUGGAUGGUUUUAAUUUUCCCAUUUAUGAUAAAGCACUGCUUGGUUGUU